UGGCUCCUGAUGUUCUAUUUCUGACAGUCGUGUCAGAUAUCAGAGAUAAAAAUAAGCAAGCUGAGCACAGUUAAGCAUAAGGUGGACGGAAAUGUUUCGGUCUGUGCUCAUGUGUCUGUUUGUGCUUUUAUUUUGUCUCUUUAACGUUAUUAUGUCUGAAAACAAACUGACUUCCUUGGAUUUUGAGAUUUUUGGGAAUGUACAGGGUGUUUGCUUCAGAAUGUACACAGAGGAUCACGGCCAGAGUCUGGGACUGAGUGGCUGGGUGAAGAACACCAGACAGGGAACCGUGAUUGGUCAAAUCCAGGGACCUCAAGACAAAGUCAAUGAGAUGAAACUCUGGCUGAAGAGCGUCGGCAGUCCAAGCUCGCGAAUCGACCGAGCAGUCUUCUCCAACGAGAGGGACAUUUCUAAACUGGAAAUCCACGGCUUCUCCACCCGCUACUGAGCAUGCCCAGACACCUCUGACAGGGUUAGGGGGAAGAAGAUUUUCAAUUUAUUGCAACAUCCAUCACGAUCCAGCUCCAUACAGAACCUCAAACUCAGUGAGACCUUUAGGAUGUCUGGUGUCUAAUUUAGAAAUCCAAAUCUUUUCAGCUUGAAGUCUCUGAGCUUUAUUCCAUCUUAAAUUACAUUCAACUACGGUGGCUGGAACAGACUGCCAUCCAUGUAGUAAAAAUGUUUUACCAGAUGUGUGUGGGUUUUCUUUUCUAUUAUGUCUAUGAUGAGUGAUUCUGGUUAAAUUUGUUUGCAGUUUCACCAACAUACUGUAUUCCACAUUGUUUAAACAUCUGAUUAAAUAUACACAAUUAGUGCACUUUAGAUUUAUGGAGGACUGAAAGUGCCACAAUUAAAUAAAUAAAUACACCAUUAAAUAAUUA